CUUUUCAAAAAGCUAAAGCUAAAAUGCCAAACCGGGCCUAAUCGAUCGGAGACCACAAGUUUCUCCGCCCAAUCGAUCGGAGACCACAAGACUACUGUCCAGCGACGAUUUUAGCGACAUAACCAGGAGUUCUCUCUCUAGCCAUGGCAGGGAGAGGCCGGCCGAAGAAGAAGCAACAACCAGCCAAUCCAAAACAGAAAUCUGAAUUCGAUAAGCCUGAAUCAUCGGACUCUCACGUACAGGAUGGGGCUGCACCCGUAUUAAAGGAGAUCCAGCGUGACCUAGGCGAUGCAGACGAACAAUCGAUUCCAGAAGGUAUUCAUAUGGACGAAGGGCCAGAGAUGAAACCAGAUACUGAACCAAAAACCUAUGCUGAUGUUGUGGGUAAGGUUGAUUGCAAGCUUACCUAUGUAGAAGCAGAGGAAAUGAAUGGAAAUAGGUUUGCCCGAUUGACUGAAGAUGAUAUAGUGACCUCCGCGACAUACUGGGAUUCAGCAGCGGUGGUAUGUAUACUUGGUGCGAAUCCACCUUUAUCUAUAGCUGAGGGUUUUAUUCGAAGGAUUUGGAAGGAUUUUUCAAUUGAUGAGAUUAAAUUUUCCAAACCUGGAAAAUAUGUUGUUCGAUUUCACUCUGAGGACAGUAGGGAUGAAGCAAUCAGUAGGACUUACUAUCAGUUUGACAACAAGCCAGUUUAUGUUCGUAAAUGGAAUCCUGGAUGUACAAUUGACUUGAAUGUUCUCAAUGAUAUUCCUAUAUGGGUACAACUCCCAGAUCUGGAACUAAAAUACUGGAGCCUAUCAGGGCUAAGUAAGAUAGGGAGCCUACUGGGGAAACCCAUAAGAACAGAUAAUGCUACUGCAACAAAGACCAAAAUGGAGUAUGCCAGGAUGCAAGUAGCAGUUGCUAUGAAUCAACAAUUUCCGGAUAAGAUAUUGUUUGCUGAUGAAAACAAAAGACUUAUUACACAAAAGAUCAAGUAUGAGUGGUGUCCAGUCACAUGUACUCAUUGCAAAGGGUUAGGACAUACCCAAAAUACAUGUAGAAGAAAAGAUGGACAAAGUAAACAGAGGUUAACCUGGAAACCUAAACACAUACAGAAGGACCAGGGGGUGGUGAAGAAGACUCAGGAAAAGGAGGGUGUAGUGGAGGAAACAAUGGUACCAUCUAGUAAUGGAAAAGGCCUCCAAGGAGAAUCAUCCUUAAGUAGACAAGGGGGUGAUCAGAGGGGGUCAUCUGCAAUUAGACAGGUAGGAGACCAGGGGGAAACAACGACAAACAAACAAGAAGGGUACCAUUCUGAUGGGUUUGUAGAGGUCAAAAGGAAGAAGGCAUUCAAAGGUUCACUGACAAUGGCUAAUGAUAAGAAAUCACCCUCGCGAGGUAUAUUCCCCCAAAUUGGUGGAUCUGGACGAGGAUUGAAGCGUCGCUAUCCUACUCCUUCGACCUCUACUUCUGAUACAGACCCAACCUGGAAGUAUCGUAAGAAGUACGGGGAUGUGGCGAUGUUUGAUGAAUCAGAUCUGGAAUUUGAGAGCGACGAAGGGGAAUCCAAAGAGGUGACAUCUGACUAUGAUCAUAGACAAUUGGUCUGCACAGAUUAUGCUUUGAUGGUGAACCCUCCACCAAUACCCUUCGAUCUGCCUUCUUGUGGCAAGAAAUUUACUCUCUCGUAUGCUUUCUCGAGUAUAAACUUCACCUGCGUCAUCAUCAUCUUCAAAGAAAAUCCAUUGUUCACCAGGAAGGUGAAAGCUUAAGCGUUCCACAUUGGGACAUUUGUACUAUUUCGUGAGCUUUCUCAUCGCGGAGACACUUAUCACAGAUUUCUAAUGGUGGUUAUAGACAUAACUCCGUGAUCAUCAUCAUCUCCCCCGGCUAGCAUGAGACCACCCACGGGACCCCCAUCAUCAACAUGUAAUGGAACAAAAUACACAAGCACGGCCCAUAACUUGAACAUCAAAGUCGGCCGAGUGUUGCCAAGCUCGCCAACGGGAGACCACAUGCUUAAAGACGUUUGAGACAUUUGAUGAUUUUUUUGGAUGUUUGAGAAGUGAAUUUGGAAUGAAUGAAGUUUACAUCAUAAU